AUGUACGAAGGGAUUGACAACCUAAAAUCCCUUUACGACCGUGACAUGAAGAGUUUCUCCGGCGGUCCUUGUGCAGCACAGGAUGUGCCGCGUCGUACUGCUCGACCAGACCGAGUACGUCAAUCAUCAGUUGGGAGCGGGGCUCCCAAGUAUCCCAGGACGGGGGAUAACCGCGCCACCGGACGAGGUAACUCGUCCGACGUCCGUUCACAUCGCGGUGGCUCAACAGCCGCUCAACCAGAUAGCGCUGGCCACCGCGAGAGUUCUCCAAAGGAGGAGGAGGAUUGGAGGCGAUCUUUAAACUAUCGUGGGGGAGCACGUGUCCCCGAGAGCUUCUUUGAUCGCGUAACUCUUGCGUUACGCGACGACCUCGAGCAUGGGCUGGACAGGCGUCUCCAAAUGGCGGACACUGCCUUGAAGCAUCGAGCUGAGUGUGCUUUUGCUCAGCUUGAGAAUGAGAGAGCUCUGAUGUCUCUGCGUGAUGAGAUAAGGGUAACUUGUGGGAAUGUUGAUCGGUCUCGGGCUGAGAUAUCUGCUCUUCAGACCCUUGUUGAUUUCCACCAUCGUUAG